CUUGUUAUUUGUGAUUCGGAGAUCGUUAAAUCGGUGGUCGCUCUCUCCACGUCGCACGAACGUAGUUCUCUGCUUCACAGCUUUGGGGUGUGUGAUUUGCGUCUAGAGGGAGUCCACAAGCGGCUUCUUGAUAGCUCUUUUGGACGAUGGGUUCGUAGGAUUUGAUCUUGAGGACGCCUUCCUUAUUUUCUUUCCUGGGUUUUACUCUAUUGGCACAAAUGCAGGUCGUUGAACUGUCGUUUCUCUCUUUGGCUUUUCUCAAAAAAAAAAAAAAAGGAAUCUUUUAAAUUUAGUGGCGUUUUAAUUUGUUGAUUUUCUUGCGAGGUGAAUAGGUACUGAGUACCUCACCAUGCGAUUCAUCUUUUCUUUUUUUUCCCCUUUAGUUUAAUUUUUAAGCUGCAUAUUGAAUCAGUGCGCUGUCUAAUGGUUUCAUUUGUUCCAUGAGUAGAGGCUUAGGUCCCCAGUAAUCCAAGGAUUUUGUUCACAUAGCAUAAGCUGCAACCAUCUCUUUGUAAGGUUGAAGACAACCGGAAUCCUGUCCUCUGCAGCCAGGAAAUGACCGGCAUGGAAGGUCUGCAUAUUUUGGAAGACAGAAAAGAAAGGAGAUCAGAUGUGGAGAACUCUGAGGAUGAAAGAAGAAGAUUGACCAUAGGAGCUUUAAAGAAAAAGGCGUUAAGUGCUUCUUCACGGUUCACCCACUCUCUCAAGAAACGAGGGAAGAGGAAGGAUGUUCACAGGACUUCUUCUGUUUCGAUUGAGGAUGUCAGGGAUGUGGAAGAGGAACGUGCUGUCUACACAUUUCGUAAGGAGCUAAUUUCUAGGGAGUUGCUGCCAGAGAAACACGAUGACUAUCAUAUACUGCUCAGGUUUUUGAAAGCUAGAAAAUUUGACCGUGAGAAAGCAGUUCAGAUGUGGGUUGAUAUGCUUCAUUGGAGAAAGGAAUUUGGGACAGAUACAAUUUUGGAGGAUUUUAUGUUUGAGGAGCUGGAGGAAGUUUUGCGACAUUAUCCUCAAGGCUACCAUGGAGUUGAUAAAGAGGGAAGACCUGUUUACAUUGAGAGGCUUGGGCAAGUGGAGCCAAAUAAGCUUAUGCAUAUCACUACUGUAGAACGGUACAUAAAAUAUCAUGUCCAGGAGUUUGAGAAAGCUUUUCAUGAAAAGUUUCCUGCAUGUUCAGUUGCAGCAAAGAGGCAUAUUGACUCAACAACCACUAUUUUGGAUGUGCAUGGUGUGGGCUUGAAGAAUUUCAGCAAGACAGCAAGAGACCUCUUGCUCAAAAUGCAGAAAAUUGAUGGAGAUUACUACCCUGAGACUCUAUAUCAGAUGUUCAUUGUCAAUGCCGGUCAUGGUUUUAGGCUACUCUGGAACACUGUAAAGGGUUUUCUUGACCCAAAAACAACAUCAAAGAUACACGUAUUGGGAACCAAGUUCCAAGGUACAUUACUUGAAGUCAUCGAUUCAAGUCAACUUCCAGAUUUCUUGGGUGGCUCAUGUACAUGCGCUGCUGAAGGAGGGUGUUUAAAGUCCAAUAAAGGACCUUGGAAUAAUCCUAACAUCAUGAAGCUUGUGCAAAAUGCUGAAGCAGCAUCACUUAGGCAUACUAGACGUAUGUCGGAUGGGGAUGAAGCAUUCGCAGGGCCAUAUCUUUUGAAGGGAAGAAGUAGUGGUACAUGGACACUUGAAUCUGGAUCAGAUGUUGAUGAUCUUGCUUCUAGGACUGUUGAGCAUAGUCGUUUAGCUCCAGUCUGUGAAGAAGUCAGAGCAAGAGAUUCAACAGCUUACCAUAGUUGUGAUGACCAUAUUGUUGUGGUUGACAAAGCUAUAGAUUGUGGUAGAAGAGGAGUACAAUCUAAUAAAGGAAUCUUGGAUUUUGAAAAUCAAGGACGGAGUUCAUAUGGCAUUGCAACACCAAAUCCACAAGAUAGUCUGAGCAUUGGGAGUCGCACUAUCACCAGGGAGGAUUCAGGAGAAAGAUUUUUUCAGUGGCUUGCAAGAGUAUUGAUAGCUUUCUUAAUCAAAAUUCUGUCAUACAUUCAUGUUAUUGGUUUUAGAGAGGGAGAGCUGAGCAACAUUCAUCCCUCAGAUGCUCAAAAUACUGCUGCCCAGUGCAGCCUAUCUAUGGAAAAUAUUGAAGAUCGUUUGAGUCCCUGUUUGGAACGCCUUCAGAGGUUAGAAAUGAUGUUUGAUGAGCUAACAAACAAGCAUGCUGAGAUUCCUUUUGAGAAAGAGCGUGUCCUGCUCGAAUCUUGGGAUCGAAUAAAACAUGUUGAGUUUGACCUUGAAAAGACUAAAAGGGUAUUGCACGCCACAGUUAUGAAGCAACUGGACAUUGCUGAGUCAUUAGAUGCAAUGCAGGACUUAAAACUUCGGAAGAGGAUAUUUUGUUGAACUCUGGAUGCGAUUACGUUGAGCUGAGCGUACCUGAUGCUACGCAGCAUAGGCAAAAAUUUCAGAAGCUUGGGAUGCAGGGGCUUUCGCAGCGGUCAUGGAAGCAAGCUAACAUACCUCGUUCUACUUGUUGUUGCUUUGUUUGUUUGGGGGUGGAAGGGAACAGGGCGGUCUUGCGAGCUCUGAAUACAGAUCACUCGUGAAUUGAUACUGAAUACCUUCAUAGUCAUGAAUUAGAGGUGAGGUGCGGAUGGAAGGGAAAUAAAACAGAUGAUGAAGGAUGUUUGUAUGUAGAGUUUGACAAUGCUGUGAAAUACCAAUUUUGUCGUACGCAAUAGCUUCAUAAUUAUUGUCGACUUCUAUUGUUGUUUGUGUCUAAUACAAAGAAUUCUCAUUUUAAUUGUC